AUGUUGAAAAACAAAGAAGAGAUACUUAAAAAUUACGAAUCUACAGGAAUCAGUCUAUCACGAAAAAGUCACCGGUCCGUUCCGCAUGAGACUGUAGAUGCGGCAUUAUUAGAGUGGUUCUAUGAAAAGAGACAGGAAAACAUUCCAAUAAGCGGUCCCAUACUUCUACAAAAAUCAGAAGACCUUGCCAAGAAAUUAGGAGACCACAGUUUCAAAUCCAAUACAGGGUGGCUGGAUCGCUUUAAAAAUCGACAUGGAAUCGUGCGUCGUGCGAUAACUGGAGAGAGCGCAAUCGUCGAUCAUAAAAGCGUUGACGAAUGGAAGGAUAAGCUGCCGCAGAUUUUACAAGAUAACGAUCCUAAAGAUAUCUUCAACGCAGAUGAAACUGGACUAUUUUAUAAACUACUACCAGAUAGAACUCUGCAAAUGAAGGGUGAAAAGUGUCAUGGGGGAAAAGAUCAAAGGAGAGAUUGA